GUUCCUCAAACGCAGGAAAACCCAGUGUGUGUUCAGUGCCGAGUCAUUCAGACGCUCCGACUGGAGAGUGACAGGACUCAUGACUGACUUUUGUGGAUCUUCAAAUAAUCAUCUGGCACGCAAUGGGACGGCUAAACCACACGCGGACCCGCCGCUCAUGGACAACUUCAGGAGGAAACUGAAAUAUUUCUUCAUGAGUCCAUGCCAGAAGUACAGAGCCAGAGGUCGGAAGCCGUGGAAGAUGAUGCUGCAGAUACUCAAGAUUGCCAUUAUUACCCUUCAGUUGGUCUUGUUUGGAUUGAGCAACGAGAUGAUGGUCACCUUUAAAGAGGAAAAUCUCAUCGCCUUCAAACAUUUAUUCCUGAAAGGUUACAAGGACAGAAAUAAAGAUUACGCUUUGUACACAAGACACGAGGUGCAUGACCACGUACUGUAUGCAAUCAGAAGGUUUCUUCACCUCCAAAACCUGACUGUGGAUAAUCACGCGUUCGAGAAGAUGGACGACAUGUUCACCCCUCUGUCCCUCUGCCAAGAGUUAUAUCGACACGCUGACCUUUCACCUGCCACCGAGUCCUUUCACAUCGACCCACGUGUAGAGACAGAAUGUAUUUCUAUUUAUCCCAUUUCACCCUACACAAAUGAAGAUUUGGAAAAUGACAUGAACCUCACUUUAGACUUUCAAAGGUUGUUAGCAUUAAAAAUCUAUUUUAAAAUCAAAGCUAUCAAUGUUCAAUCUGUACGACACCAAGAGCUCCCUGACUGCUAUGACUUCAACAUUAAAAUCAUGUUUGACAACAGUGCACACAGUGGGAAAAUCAAGAUCUCUUUAAGCACUGGUGUACAGAUAAAGGGCUGUAAGGACUGGAAUGUUUCUGACUCAACAGACAGUCACUUCCGACUCAUCGUUCUGUUUGACUGUGUGGUCAUCGGCUCCUGCUUGCUCUCGCUCGUCCUCUGCACACGCUCAGUCUGCACCGGCGUCCUCCUGCAGUUCGAGUACGCCACGUUUAUGUCCAUUCACCACAGUAAAACAGUCUCCUGGUCCGAGAGGAUGGAGUUUAUCAACGGCUGGUACAUUCUCGUCAUCAUCAGUGAUACGCUGAGUAUUGCGGGUUCAAUCCUCAAAAUAUGCAUACAGAGCAAGGAGCUGACGAACUAUGAUGUGUGCAGUAUUCUGCUGGGAACCGCAACCAUGCUGGUGUGGAUUGGAGUGAUGCGUUACCUCAGUUUCUUUCAGAAGUAUUAUAUCCUCAUCCUCACACUGCAGGCCGCUCUGCCCAGUGCCGUCCGCUUCUCCAUGUGUGCGGUCAUGAUCUACCUCAGCUACUGCUUCUGCGGCUGGAUCGUGCUGGGCCCGCACCACGAAAACUUUCGGACAUUUAACCUGGUCGCGGACUGCCUGUUUUCCAUGAUUAACGGGGAUGAAGUGUACUCUUCCUUCAAGAAGCUGCGGGACAAGACCUAUGUGGUGUGGCUGUUCAGCAGAAUCUACAUCUACAGCUUCAUCUCACUCUUCACCUUCAUGGUGUUGAGCCUCUUCAUUGCCAUCAUUCAGGACACGUAUGAAACCAUCAAGCACCACCAGACGCGAGGAGAACCGCUGUCAGAGCUGCAGGCGUUCGUCGCUGAGUGCCGGGAUACACCGGACUCGGGGAAGUACAUGAUGGAUGAAGAAUACUCCUCCUCCUCCUCCUCCUCGUGCGGCGCGUGCGCUCCCGGUCUCUGCUGCUCCUGACGCGCGCUCACCAGAAGACUCGCCCACACGGACGGAUGGAAGAUUGAGAGCCAAGAGCUUUUUCGAUGUAAUAUAAUAAGAUGACUCAUGUGUUUUUAUACUAUGUAGAAUGUAUUAUAUUUGGUUCCCAAAGAUGGGCAUACAUGAAAAUGAUAAAAAUACAACGUUACCUCAGGUGAAAAGAAUCAAAUCCAAUGAAGUAUCACUAAUCUGUCUGGAUCUAUUCUGAAUGCAAAUAGUAUGUUGGUGUGUAAGACCUGAGAAGCGUUUGCUGUCAUUACCUUCACUUUUUCAGGUCCAGUAGGAGAUUACACACACAAAAACCCAUCACCAUCUACAUCUGUAAAUGAACUGACUCAGUCACUAGAGCUGCUUAUUUCCACAUUUACUCAACCGAAUCAACAGAACUGACCUAGGAUGAAUAAAGACACUAUUGUUGAAGUUUGCAUCAUUGAUCAUUAUUUUCUGAUCUGAUUCUGCUAUGAAUCCAUCUUUAUUGCUUAAAGUGCUAUAAAACGUCGACGGAGAGGCUUCAGUACACCGGAUAACUGCUUUUGUGGAGAAAGUAAACACAGCACUUAAAGUACACUUUUCAAAAAACUUUUGCUGAUAAUUUACUCAACCCCAUUUCAUCCAAGAUGUCAAUGUCUUUAA